AUGACACAGGCAUUCCUUCAGUCAGAGCUGAUGAGCCUGAUCUCAGACUCCAAACGCAAAUACAGUGAUGUCCGUUCUGCCGCUGAGCAGUCCCUUUCUGAUCUCAGAGCUAUAUCGGUGACUUCUGAGUCUCAAUUGGCUGCUGAUCUUCUACGCCGUGCCGACUUCAUCAACCCUUUUAUUCUAGCCUGCAAAACCAAAAACAUCAAACUGGUCAGCAGUGGCACUGUGUGUCUGCAGCGCCUGACUGCCAGUAAGGCCAUUGCUCGCUCGCGGCUUCGGGACCUUCUAGAUGCUUUUGGUGAUGGCGUCAAUUCCGGAUAUGAGCCUCAGCUGAAAAUUCUGCAAACAUUGCCCUCCCUGCUUCAACUCUAUGCCUCCGACAUCUAUGGCCCCCUUCUUGCUAGGAUACUGCAAAUUUGUGUCGCACUCCAAGCCAGCAAGACGGCAAUAGUCAGCAACACCGCUGCUGCUACAUUCCAGCAGCUAAUCAACAGCGUCUUCGAACGCGGGGCACAACCUCAUUCCUCCCGUGCUCCCAGUGACAGUGAGAGCCCAAACAGCGAAGAUCCAUCCGACAAGGAAAGUGACGGCUCAGAUGACGCUAUACGCGUCUUUGAUGAUUUAUGCCUAUUGCUUAAUCAUCAAGUACCAAAUUUCGUAAAACUCGAUGGUGUAUCGCCCGAGUUUCUCCUCGAAACACUCCACACCAUCUUGUCAAACCACAGCUCAUUCCUCGUUUCACAGCUGGAGCUGGUGCAAGCUUGCCGGGAAAAUCUAUUGCCGGGUCUUUCCAGGCAGAUAGCCCGGAAAGAUGGCUUUGGUACGUCAGUGCGUGCUAUUGCGAUUCUCCUCCUUCUAGUCCAGGCAUCCGCAGAUAUUCUCCAGGAACAGCUACAACCUAUCAUAGCCUCCCUCAUCAGCUCCCUUGAGAAAGAUGGCAAUAUAUUGUGGAAACGAGCGCUAUAUCUGGAGUUCUUUCGCGAGAUUUUUGCCGAUUUCAGCACACUCAGAAAGCUUUUUGAGUUAUUCGAUUCUACUGGCAAAUCAAGCGUCAUCGGCCUCUUGUUGAGUUCGUUUGUUAGGGUUGCUGCUGAGGACCCCUCUUUGAUCGGCCUCGGUCGCCAAUCGACUAUUCCCGUCUAUCGUGGAAAUGAUUUGAGAGGGGAUGAAGUCGCAUCCAUCGAGGCUCAGGGUCUCGGGGGUGCUAUUACCUCCGUAUCAUCGGCAGACUUGACCACUAUCGGGUUGAGCACAGAAUGGAGCGUGGUAACCACUCCCUUACUGAAGCAACCUGAAAAGCACGUCGCUCCUGCCAUCCCCAGCACAUACGUGUACACCCUGGUCCUUGAAUGUACUGCUUCCUUCUGUGACGGACUUUCCAGAUUUGUCAUGCCAUUGAGCGUACCAACCCGGUCUUCUCGUCGUGACUCAGGCGAGGAUAGUAGGGGCAACAAUUUAGCAACCGAUGCGAGAGAUGAUGGACCAGCACGCAAACCAUCAAGGUCUUCCACUUCGUCUCAAAAGUAUCAACGACUUGUGAAUCCUCUCCAGCUUUCGAAAAAUACGUCACUUGCCCAAAUUCAGCUCUGCGCUGCAAUGGUCGAGGCUUGUUGGCCUGCGGCUCUUGCAAUAUGCUCGACAUUCUUGAACUCCGCAUUGGAUUCCGAAUUCUAUCACAUAUUGAUCAGGUCAGUUCAAAAGCUUGCCCAGGUCUCCGGGGUUUUGGAACUGUCCACACCUCGAGAUGCUUUGCUCACAACCCUGGCUAAAGCAUCUAUACCUGCAAAUGCUAGUAGUGUCAUAGCAGCCUAUCAAGGUUCUAAAACAGCCAAAUCCACGGAUAUCGAGGAAUUGGACGACCCGACUGAAAGUCUCCACCCCCCCCGGGAGCCUCCUCCAACACCAACGCACCAAGCCAGUAGCUCACCACUCAAUGUUCGGCACCUUCUUUGUCUGAGGGCUUUAUUGAAUUUGGGAAUUGCGCUGGGCCCUACCCUAGAAAAAGGUGCUUGGUUCAUCUUGAUAGAAACCAUGCAGCAUGUCGAAGCAUUGAUCGCCAUUCCGACGACACUGUCCACAGCCUCACAAGGAGGGACGCCUAAGAUAGGUACAACCGGCCACGAAAGCCAGACCACAUUGGCGAGCGAGAUUGCUGCUGUUCAGGCGGCGACUAAGCGUAUGCUUGAAAGUACCCGUGGUUAUAAUGCCGCACCAUUCGCUAAUCUCGUCAACGCACUUUUCCGACUGCUCGGCCAGGACAAGCCAGAAGGCGGAGCACAAGCUGGCCAAGUAAUCAUUUCUUCACCUACGUCUUCCACCAAGUUGGAGGCAUCACGACCAACACAUCAUGCCAGUCGAAGUGUCUCUGGUCUAUGGACCAAAUCGAAAACGUUGGAUAUGGAAAUUAGUUUUGUGCUCAGCAAGAUAAGUGAAAUUUCACGCAUUAAUCUUUACCGUUUCACGCUGUCUCAGGAGCAUGAUUAUUCAUGGGACCUGAUUACUUCUAGAUUGCUCAAGCUAUGCCAGAAUCAUUCUGUGUCUGAUGGUCAUCGAAUUCAAUCUGCAAGCGUGGUUGACCUGAUAGCCAUGGAAACUGUCAAGUUACUUGAUGAUGCAAACCAUAGCGUGAAAGAUCAGGAUGUCGUCAGGAUUUGGUGCCUGGAAGCCCUGAUGAAACAACUCCAGGUAUUGACUUCUUCAGAUCUGGAUCACCAAGAUGAUGUUCAGUACGAGAUCCACAAGAGGCUACUUGACGCACUUGAAAGUAUGCUCAGUCAUAGUGGAGACGCUUUACGUGACAGCUGGCCGAUCGCUCUGGACAUUUUGUCUUUGUCUUUCGCGAAAUUGGCAAAUGACGCAGGGAGUCUAUCUAAUCUCUCGACCGAUAUGAUUGAACUGAAAGAAAAGAAUGCUCAGAUUCUCCGUGUGGGUUUCAGGUCAAUUCAAUUGAUCACGUCUGACUUCCUAAGUGUUCUCACGGUAGAGUCCCUGGCAAAAUUGGCUCAGCUACUUCGCGAUUUUGGUAGCCAGAAUUUUGAUGUGAACGUGGCACUCACAAGCACUACUCUGCUGUGGAGUCUUGCAUCUCAAACCUUGACUAGGCUCGAAACAAUUGGAUCAGCCCAGCUGCCUAUAAGUCCAACCGUGCUAGAAGACAUCGAGUCAUUAGAAGGUGCAGCCGGUACGGAGUUGCUAUGGUCCAUUACAGUGGCAGAGCUUCUCAAACUCUGUGGUGACGAGCGAGGCGAUAUCCGCAAUGCUGCCACCAGGAUACUCUUGAAGACUCUUGAGGCAUCCAGUGAGAGUCUCACUGCAAAUGCAUGGGCUACAGUGCUGGUCAGUGGUCCGUUUAGUAUCAUUCGCUUCGCUCUCGAUCAAGGCAAGAACAAAGACCACGAUCAAGGAGAUUGGAUGUCGUCCGUGGCACAGUUGACCGAAGGAAUCGUAUUGAUCAUAACGCAAAACCUAAAUGUUAUAGCGAAACAUCAGACCUUUGCAAAUACAUGGGACUGUCUGAUGGACGUCUUUGAAGCCGUACUGAACACAAAAUCCCUCAGCGCCGCUUCUCUAGCUUUUGCAAAUAUCAACAGCCUACUGUCGACAAUUCCACUACUCGGGAAAUUUGACGAUGCUUUACUUACACCAGUACUACGGAUAUGGAGCACAUAUCACCCAGCCGACAUCCAGGACUCGAAAGAGCAAGUCCCUAAUCAAUUUGCAUUCAGUGCCCACGCUCGCACAUUCGUUCAAGCAUACAAGACAUGUCCUUCAGCGGUCCAAAAGUAUGAGCACAACGGAGCGCAAGUCGAGGCCAUACUCGGCAAAGCCAUCGAACGUACCAUUCUCCUUUCCAGCCAUCCUCCGUACACCAGUGAUGUCAAGACUCCAUCGAUAGAACAAACAGAAGUGCUUGAAUGCCUCUCAAUCCUGAGGACGCUCCUGCCCGGUGCCAUGGACAUUUAUUGUCAACAUCUCCUGCAUCUCGAGCGGUCAAUGCUGAUGAUUGCGAACGGAAGAGUAAAUGCAACCAAGAAGUCGGCGAUUAUGAAAUCUGUGCAGCGACCAACCUUUAUUGCAUUCGCAUCUGCAUGCCUGGAUAUCCUCCGGUCAAUGGUUUUAGAGUUUACGCAGGGAGGGGGAUUCAUUCACCACCAACUGGUCGAAGCAUCGUUCAACAUUUUAUCCGCCCUGAUACGCACAAAAUACACCGACCUACCAAGCAAUAACGACGCUCCACUCUGGCGAAACGCCACCAUCACAGCAGUGGUCAUGCUGGAGGCCAUCACGAAAGAGAACUCAAAAGCAGGGAAAAUGCCAGACGAGGCGCUCGUCAGUGGCAUGGCAGACUCACUCAUCCCGUUGACAUCCAACAUCCUCAGCCCCGGCGGCCUGUCCAACCCCCCAACGAAGCAGAAGCCAGAAAUACUUCUCGAAGACGAAUCAUUCGAUAUCUCUCAAUUCCAACGUCUGCACAAGUGCGUCGUAUCGCUUUUCCAGCACGAAUGCGUCGAGAAUUCUGCGUGCACCAAAUAUGCCAUAGUGAUCUUCAAUGCAUCGCUGAUCGCGAAGCCCUGGUUCUACGAUCUGCCAGCCGACCUCGACCGCGAUCCGUUGAAGGGCCUGACGGAUCUCCGGGCCGGGACCGUGCAUAAGCCCGUCUUCGCGGUGCGGAGGAGGAUAUGCUGUGCCGCUCUCGACGCGCUGUUUGGCCUUGUCGCUAAGCAAGCCAACCAGCAAGACGGGAAUGAUGGUGGUAAACCUAGAGCUAGAUCCAGAUUUUCGCCCUCACAUUCGCUUUCGCAUCGUCUAGCUCGCAAUGCGGCGCCAUAUCUGCUCCUCCGCGUCGUGCAUCCGCUGAAGACGCUGCUUUCGGACCAGCGCCUGCGCGGGCUGACGCCGCCGCCACCUCUCCAGCAGGGCGAGCUGCAGACUGUGCUGACCAGGUUCGUGGAGCUUAGGAGCGACGGUCGUGCUUUUGCUGGAGUUGCUGCUUCGCAGCAUUCGGAUGGCGGUACAGCACUUGUUAGUGGCGGUCAAGACCAUCACUAUGACGACUACGACGACGAGAACGACGACGAUGGCAAAGAGCACCUCCGCAUCCUAUACUCGUUCUUGCUGCGCGUGUCGCAGUUCUGGCGCGCUCUUCCCCGGUUGAAGGGUGAGGGUGCAUGGCAGGCCGACGAGGCGGGGCGGGCUAUUGACGAUGCGCUCAGCAGGUGGAGUGAGGCUGUGGGUGAAGGUUGGGGUGUUUGA